AUGAAACUUAGAAUAAGAUUACACAGGAAAAAGACAGAUAAUAUUGCACUGGAAAAAGAACAACUCAAGAAGGAAAAUGAACAACUCAAGAAGGAAAAUGAACAACUCACAAAGGAAAUUGAGAGGAAGAAAGUUCAAUUCAAGGCUGCAUGGAGGGAAAUACCAGUAUAUCCUGACUGGAGGAAAGAAGAGUUUGAGACCGUAAAUCUGACUCUGGAUGCAGCCACUGCCCAUCCUGCCCUCUUCCUGUCUGAAGAGGGGAGAAGAGUUACCUGGCAAGAACCAUCUCAGGAACUUCCGAGCUGCUCACAGAGAUUUAUCUCCCUUCCCUGUGUGCUUGGUCAGCUGCAUGUCAGCUCAGGGAGAUACUUCUGGGAGGUGGAGGUUCAGAACGCACAUUCCUGGGACCUGGGAGUUUGUAGGGAUAAUGUAGCAAGGGAUGGGAGGGUCACAGUGUCACCACAGAAUGGUUUCUGGGCCAUUAGGCUCUAUGAUGGGGAGUACUGGGGCCUCACAUCCCCAGAAACUUCUCUUACUCUAAAAGAAAAACCCUGUAGGGUGCGGGUAUUCCUGGAUUAUGAGGCUGGAGAUGUAUCUUUCUAUAACAUGACAGAUGAGUCCCACAUAUUCACAUUUUCCAAACAAACAUUUUAUGGCAUCCUAAGACCACUUUUUAGACUUUGGUCCUCUGACUCAGGCCCUCUGAUCAUUGUCCAGAUGGAGGAGAACACAAGGAUGCUGUAAUUCAUAUGCCUACCUUCCACGUUGAUUAUAAUUCUCCCCACUAGACACAAAUUUAUAUUUUUCUUUCUCCUUUACUGAUUUCUUCUAAGUUGAAGCUCUGAUACACAGACUGAUGGUUGUCUCCCAUAUUAAUUCUCCCUUCUUCCUAAGUUAUAGGUCCCUCUUCUUCUCACUCUGCCUAUGACAGCCUAGUACAAAGAUUAGAUUUCCUCACAUCCCCUGCUGAAUGUGACUAAAUUAUGACCAGUCCAUUUUAAGAUGAAUUAUCCUGUAUGAUUCUUUGGAAAAAACCCUGAUCCUGGGAAAGAUUGAGGGCAGAAGGAGAAGAGGUUGACAGAGGAUGAGGUGGUUGGAUGGCAUCACCGAUUCAAUGGACAUGAACUUGCGCAAACUCUGGGAGAUGGUGAGGGACAAGGAAGCCUGGUGUGCUGCAGUCUGCAGGGUUGCAAAAAGUUGAGCACGACUUGUCGACUAAACAACAACAUUCAGUAUGAUCUCUGGAAUGUGUUCUUAAAGGAAAAUUAUGGGAUUUUCUUCUUUUCUCUAAAUAUUUGGGUGGCCAGAAUGUGGCAUGAUGGAUGGAUCUCUAAGAACACCUCUGAUCAUAUAAUAUGAUACAGACAGAAAAGAAGAUAUUAAUAGAAUAAAUCUAGAGUUUUGACAGCUUUAUGAGACUACUAUAUGCUCACUUUCUGAAUUACUUCCAGUAAGAAAUAAAUUUUGUAUCUUUAAACCA